CAGGACCCUGCUUUCUCAGCGGUGAUUCACGACAGGCUCCAGAUGCCCAACACCAUCCGGAAGGCGUGGAACGACAGGGACAACCGCUGUGACAUUUGUGCCACCCACCUGAACCAGCUCAAGCAGGAGGCCAUCCAGAUGGUGCUGACCCUGGAGCAGGCAGCUGGCAGUGAGCACUACGAUGGCUCCCCUGGCUCGCCGCCGCCGCUCUCCAGCACCCCGACCCUGGUGGGGUCCCGGCACGCAGGUGGACUCCAGCAGCCCAGGGACUGGGCGUUUGUGCCGUCUUCCUAUGCGACCUCCACCUGCACGGGCUUCGUGGCCAGCAAGCACAGCAGCAAGCCCAACAGCCUUGGUGUCAGCAAUGGGGCGGAGAAGAAGAGCGUGUCCCCAACCCACCAGGCCAAGGUCAGCCUCCAGAUGGCCACCAGCCCCAGCAACGGGAAUAUCCUCAACGCAGUCGCCAUUCAGGCUCAUCAGUACCUGGAUGGAACCUGGUCCCUGUCGAGGACCAAUGGGGUGACCCUGUACCCCUAUCAGAUCUCCCAGCUGGUGACCGACACGGGCCGGGAGGGCCUGACGGAAGCUGCGCUGAAUCGCUACAACGCGGACAAGCCCAGCGCCUGCAGCGCCCCGGCCGCCAGCUCGCAGGUGUCUUGCGCGGCCGGCGAGGCCUCCACCGGCAUCUCGGGGGCGGCGGCCUUCUUUGCCAGAGCUGCUCAGAAGCUAAAUCUGUCCUCUAAAAAGAAGAAGCAUCGACCUUCCACUUCCUCGGUCGCUGAGCAGCCGCUGUUUGGUACCAGCUUCAGUGGCAUCCUGCAGACCUCCCCGCCGCCCGCCCCGCCCUGCCUGCUGAGGGCCAUCAACAAGGUGAAGGACACCCCCGGCCUGGGCAAGGUGAAGGUCAUGCUUCGCAUUUGCUGCGCACUGGCUCGUGACACCUCGGAAUCCAGCUCUUUCUUAAAGGUGGAUCCACGGAAGAAGCAAAUCACCUUGUACGAUCCCCUGGCGUGCGGAGGUCACAACGCCUUCCCAAAGAGAGGCAGCCAAGUGCCUCCUAAGAUGUUUGCCUUUGAUGCAGUUUUCCCACAGGAUGCCUCUCAGGCUGAAGUGUGUGCUGGAACCGUGGCUGAGGUGAUCCAGUCCGUGGUCAACGGGGCAGACGGCUGUGUGUUCUGUUUCGGCCACGCCAAGCUGGGAAAAUCCUAUACGAUGAUCGGAAAGGAUGAUUCCAUGCAGAACCUGGGCAUCAUCCCCUGCGCCAUCUCUUGGCUUUUCAAGCUCAUAAACGAACGGAAAGAAAAGACCGGAGCCCGUUUCUCAGUCCGGAUCUCAGCGGUGGAAGUGUGGGGCAAAGACGAGAACCUUCGGGACCUGCUGUCUGAGGUGGCCACGGGCAGCCUGCAGGAUGGCCAGUCCCCGGGCGUGUAUCUGUGUGAGGACCCCAUCUGUGGCACGCAGCUGCAGAACCAGAGCGAGCUGCGGGCGCCCACUGCAGAGAAGGCCGCCUUCUUCCUGGACGCGGCCAUUGCUUCCCGCCGGGGCGGCCAGCAGGACUGUGACGAGGAGGACCGCCGGAACUCACACAUGCUCUUCACCCUGCACAUCUACCAGUACCGCAUGGAGAAGAGCGGGAAGGGGGGAAUGUCUGGAGGCCGCAGCCGCCUGCACCUCAUUGAUCUUGGCAGCUGUGUGAAAGCUCUUAGCAAAAACCGGGAAGGUGGCUCGGGUCUAUGCCUCUCACUCUCCGCUCUGGGGAAUGUCAUCCUGGCUCUCGUCAACGGCAGCAAACACAUCCCGUACAAAGAGAGCAAGCUCACCAUGCUGCUGCGCGAGUCCCUGGGGAACGUGAACUGCCGCACCACCAUGAUCGCGCACAUCUCCGCGGCCGCCGGGAGCUACGCGGAGACCCUGUCCACCAUCCAGAUCGCCUCCAGAGUCCUGAGGAUGAAGAAAAAGAAAACAAAGUACACGUCAAGCUCCUCGGGAGGCGAGAGCUCCUGUGAGGAAGGCAGAAUGCGCAGGCCCACCCAGCUGAGGCCCUUCCACGCCAGGGCUGCCGUGGACUCGGAUUUCCCGAUCCCCCACCUGGCCAGUGACCCCGACUACUCCUCCAGCAGCGAGCAGUCCUGCGACACGGUCAUCUACAUUGGGCCCAACGGCACGGCCCUCUCGGACAAGGAACUCACCGACAACGAGGGCCCCCCGGACUUUGUGCCUAUUGUGCCGGCUCUGCAGAAGGCCAGGGGUGACACCCGGCCCGCGGAGGCUGCGGAGGCUGCAGCCGGCAAGUCAGAAAGGGACUGUCUCAAGUGCAACACGUUUGCCGAGCUGCAGGAGCGACUGGAUUGCAUCGACGGCAGCGAGGAGCCCAGUAAGUUUCCUUUUGAAGAGCUGCCCACCCAGUUUGGGGCAGAGCAGGCAACCAGGUGUCCCCCGCGAAGCCAGGCAGCCGUGGGGGCCAGCCCGCUCUGCGAGUCUGACAAGGAGGAGGACGGGUCGGAGGGCCACGACAGAGACAGAGACGCCACGGACGCCCCGGCCUUCAGGGUGCCGCGGAAUCACUCGCCAGCUCCUGCCGCAGCGCUUCCCCACAGCCCCGCGCCGGCCUCACCCAGGAGCAUCCCCGGCAGCAGCGGCAGCAGCCAGCACAGCUCCCAGCUCGUGCAGAGCCCCAGCCUCAGGAGCAGCCGAGAGAGCCUGAACUCCUGUGGCUUCGUGGAAGGCAAGCCCAGGCCGAUGGGCUCCCCGCGGCUGGGCGUGGCCAGCCUGUCCAAGACCUCAGAGUACAAGCCCGCCAGCUCUCCCUCCCAGAGGAGCAAGGUCUAUACCCAGAAGGGGGUCCUGCCCUCACCUACCCCUCCGGUCCCCUUGAGCAAGGAUCCCAGCACAGCAUCGAACGAGUCCCUCCUGCAGCCUGAGGUGCGGACGCCCCCGGUGGGGAUGAGCCCCCAGGUUUUGAAGAAAUCCAUGUCUGCCGGAAGCGAAGGCUUCCCCAACACCGCCGUGGAGGACGAGCCUCGGGCAGCCACGUCCCCGGAUGCCAAGAAGGAGAUCCUGAGCACCACCACGGUGACUGUGCAGCAGCCCCUGGAGCUGAACGGCGAGGACGAGCUGGUGUUCACGCUGGUGGAGGAGCUGACCAUCAGCGGCGUCCUGGACAGCGGCCGGCCCACCAGCAUCAUCAGCUUCAACAGCGACUGCUCUGUGCAGGCCUUGGCCUCGGGCUCCCGGCCCGUCAGCAUCAUUGGCAGCAUCAGCGAGGACCUGGAGUGCUACUCAAGCGUGGCUCCUGUGUCUGAGGUCAGCAUCACGCAGUUCCUGCCCCUCCCGAAGCUGAGCCUGGACGAGAAGGGCCGGGAGGCCGGGAGCAGGCGCUCCUCCAUCAGCUCCUGGCUGAGUGAGAUGAGCACGGGCAGUGACGGCGAGCAGUCUUGCCACAGCCUCAUAGCCCAGACUUGUUUCGGGCACGGGGAGGCGAUGGCAGACCCUCCGGGCUCGGAGUUUGUUAGCAGCAUCCAGAACGCCACCGUGGUGUGCCGAGAGAAGCCCAAGGCCGGCCCCGACAACUUGCUCAUCUUGUCUGACGUGGGGGAAGACGCUUUCAGCAAAGCCGCCCCCAUCCAAGGCUGCAAGAUCUCCACGCUGGGCAAAGCCAUGGUCACCAUCUCCAACACUGCGAACCUGAGCGGCUGCGACGGGUACAUUCCCAUGAAGACCAACAUCACCGUUUACCCCUGCAUUGCCAUGAGUCCCCGGCACGUCCAAGAGCCCGAGGCUUCCGUGGCCAACGCCAGCCCCGCCCCGAGCACAGCACAGGCCCAGGAGAACAAGGAUGCCAGUGCCAAGGCAGAGAUGAAAUUCGAGGAUCCCUGGCUGAAACGGGAAGAAGAGGUGAAAAAAGAGAACGUCUGUCCCGACGAGGAAGGGCUCAGGUGUGAGGCCGCGGCUGCGGGGAGCCCGAAGCCGGAGGCCAGGCCGGAGCCGAAACAGGACAGGAAGGCCGGCUCCGGGGACCGGCUGAGCAGCAGCGGCGGCGAGGUGACGGCCUCGCCGGUGAGCGACAACUUCAGGAGGGUCGUGGAUGGCUGUGAGAUGGCCGUGCCCGGCCUGGCGCUCCAGGGCCCCGCGCAUCCCAGCAGAAACCUCAAGUCCAGCAGCCUGCCCAGGGCGUUCCAGAAAGCCGGCCGACAGGAGGAGCUAGACGGCCUGUUCUACCACUGUGCGGCGGACACCAGUGGCGUGGCCGCCGCCCUGGGCACCCAGCCCUCCAAGGCGGCCCUGGACAGGAAGGUGGCGUCACCCAAGCACGGCGUCCUGGCUCGGCCCAAAGCGACCCCUCCGCUGCCCCCGGUGCGCAAGUCCAGCUUGGAGCAGAAGAACCGGGCCAGCCCCCAGCACAGUGCCUGCAGCAGCAACAGCAGCAGCCCCUCCAGCCAGCCGGUGUCCUUCCUGGCCAGCUUCCCGGACGAGUCCGGCUGCAAGCUGAAGGAUGCCAGCACCAGCAGCAGGCUCUUCAGCGCCAAACUGGAGCAGCUGGCCAACAGGACCAACUCCCUCGGCAGGACAACAGUCAGCCACUACGAAUGCCUGUCUCUGCAGAGAGCCGAGAGCCUGUCGUCCGUGAACGGCCGCGCCCACGCCAGCAAGGACAGCACCGUGCCGCGCGCAGGGCGGAGCCUGGGCCGCAGCGGGGCCUCGCCCACCCACGCGGGCCCCGGCCAGCCCGCGGGGGCCUCGCCCAAGGCCAGCCAGUCCAAGAUCUCGGCGGUGAGCAAGCUGCUGCUGGCCAGCCCCAAAGCGCGCAGCCUGUCCGCCGCCACCACCAAGACGCUGAGCUUCUCCACCAAGUCCCUGCCGCAGUCGGUGGGCCAGAGCCCCAGCCUGCCCCCCAGCGGGAAGCACAUGUCCUGGUCCACCCAGUCCCUCAGCAGGAGCCGCGGCGCGGGCUUGGCCUCCAAACUGCCCCUGCGCGCCGUCAACGGACGCAUCUCGGAGCUGCUGCAGGGCGGCGCGAGCCCCCGGGACCUGCUGCCCUCGCCCUACAGCAAGGUCACGCCCCCGCGGAAGCCGCACCGCUGCAGCAGCGGCCACGGCAGCGACAACAGCAGCGUGCUGAGCGGGGAGCUGCCGCCCGCCAUGGGCAAGACGGCGCUGUUCUACCACAGCGGCGGCGGCAGCAGCGGCUACGAGAGCAUGCUGAGGGACAGCGAGGCCACGGGCAGCGCGUCCUCCGCCCAGGACUCCAUGAGCGAGAACAGCAGCUCCGUCGGCGGGCGCUGCCGGAGCCUCAAGACCCCAAAGAAACGCUCCAAUUCAGGUUCCCAGAGACGGCGGCUCAUCCCAGCUCUGUCCCUGGACACCCCGUCCCCAGCGAGGAAACCCCCCACCAGCGCCGGGGUGCGCUGGGUGGACGGCCCCUUGAGCAACACCCAGAGGGGCCUGGGAGAGCCUUUCGAGAUCAAAGUCUAUGAAAUUGAUGAUGUGGAGCGCCUGCAGCGCCGCCGGGCAGGCAAGGAGGUCACGUGUUUCAAUGCAAAACUGAAAAUUCUGGAGCAUCGCCAGCAGAGAAUCGCCGAGGUUCGAGCCAAGUACGAGUGGCUGAUGAAGGAGCUGGAGAUGACGAAACAGUAUCUGAUGCUGGACCCCAACAAGUGGCUCCGUGAAUUUGACUUAGAGCAGGUCCUGGACCUGGAUUCCCGGGAGUACCUGGAGGCGCUCGAGUGCGUGACGGAGCGUCUGGAGAACCGCGUCAACUUCUGCAAGGCACACCUGAUGAUGAUCACCUGCUUUGACGUCACGUCCAGGCGCAGGUGAGCAGAGCCCUGGCCCGCCCGUGCCUCGCUCCCGGGACUCCACAGCCCGUGCCGCGCCCCGGCCUUGUGCUGCCAGCGCAGAAGACGGCGGAAGAGGAGGAUGAAGGUUCGUGGCAAGUCUGGAGUGAGCGUUGAGUGGAAGGCAAUGAUUUCUUAGUUUCCUGUCGGAAAGGUGAGGUACUAAACGUGAGCUGGAGGAAGCGAUGAUGGAAAAGCCCAGAGGAUGUGGACGCCCCGAGACUGAAAAAGCACUUUGAGGAGUUUUCAAGAACUUGCUUGUACAUAGGAACUGCUGGCAACAGAGACCUCCUUCUCUUGGCUUUGUGAGGAAGGGUUAGGGCGGACGCAGGUUGCUGCUGAAGUCGAAACAACCA